GUUGACACCUGGGCCCACCAGAUCGGUCAGCUGCGUUGAAUAAGUCAAACUCGGUAGGAGAAUUUACGACUGUGCCCUUGCCCAUUUAAAGACCCGUGUGGUCUCUCACCACAAUUUCUCUUUCUCCCUCGUUCUCUUUCUCCCUCGUUCUCUUCUCCCUCGUUCUGAAACUAGGGUUAGGUAUUGAAGCUGUUUGAAGCUGGUGUUAUUGAAGUUGUUUUUGCUGAAGACAUAGAUGUUAGCAGAAAGACCAGAGUGUAUUUGGAAGAAAAGUUAUACAUAUUUAGGGAUUCAGAGAUAGUGGUGAUACAGUGAAGAUGAGGUACAAACCGGGAUUGAAACAGUCUGAAUCAAGUCAGUUCAAAUUUAGGAAUAUCAGUGUAUAUGCGGAGCCAAAGAAUGAGACUUUGGUAUUUCCUGAUUGCCAUAGAGAUGAAACAGACUUGAUGACACUUAAGUAUAUGGUGUAUAAGGGUUUGUCUAUGGAUGUUAAAGAGAAGUUUAAUUUAUAUUGGUUUAAGGAAGAAUGUCUGCCACUGCCAUUGUUAAACAAUGAUGAUUUUGAUAAUUUUUGGGAGGAUUCUUUUGUAAAUGAGGAUGGAUGUAUAUGUUUGUGGAUGGGGAUGAAAGACACAGUGUUUGGGACUCCAAAGACUACACCAAAGAAGAAGACAGUUAGAAAGGGAACCACCCCUAGAAGAUCCCCAAGGCUAAAUAGUGUGGAUAAAUCAGUUGAAGGUGCAUCAAGAAAGCUGAGUUUCAUGGAUGUGCCCAUAUCCAAACAUUCUCAGGCUAGUAGCAGUGGUUGCACUGGAAAACACCAAAGAAGAUGA